UCGUUAUUUUUAGUAAUCAGAUGUAAACAGUCGGAGUCGGAAAUAAACAGCUGUAUUUUGGGUUUGAAGAGAGCUGCUAUAUUAAAUAAAAAAGAGACUAGGGAGAUCAGAGAUGACAAAACCAUUGACAGUGUUGAAGAGUGUUGGUCCAAAGUUGGUUCCUUUCUUCAAGACUUGUGCUAUUUUCUUCGUUCUGUAUGGCAACGAACCAGCAGCCUGCGGGAUAGUUUAUUGUAUACUGAAAUGUCUUCCUGUCAUAUCGCUAAUCUUAUUUAUAUUACUUGAUGGGAUGAGCUUGUCAGAAUCGUAUUACAGGUAUUCCAGGAGAAUCUUGAUUGGACUUAUAUUUUCUUGCUUCGGUGAUGUAUUUUUGGUAUGGAAACAUAAAGGCAUGAACUUUGAACUUGGAUUACUCAUGUUUGCUGUUGCCCAAACAGAAUACGCACGUGCUUUUGGUUGGAGACCUUUCAAUCUGUAUGCUGGCGGAACGUUCGCAAUACUUGGGGCAGCCGUUUACUACUUUUUAAGUUCAAAUUUGGACGGCAUAAUGUCCUAUCUAGUGGCCCUAUAUAUCACGCUUAUUUGCACUAUGGCCUGGAGAGCAGUAGCAAGAGUCCAGAUAUUUGAUGAUUUGAGAACUUGGUGCAAGCUAUGUGGUUGUUUUGCAGCUAUUUUCUGUCUGCUUUCUAAAACCACGAACUUUGAACUUCCAUUUGGGUUAGUCCUGUUUGCAAUUGCUCAAAUUGAAUACGCACAUGCUUUUGGAUGGAAACCUUUGAACCUGUAUGUUGGCGGAUUGACUGCAGUUCUUGGGUCAGCAGUGUACUAUCUUUUAAGUGCAUAUGUGGGCGACAUGGUGUCCUACAUGUAUUUAGUGGCCAUAUUCAUUACGCUUGUUUGCAUAAUGGGAUGUAGAGCGGUAGCUAGAUUCCAGUUAUUGGACGAUUUGUGGACGACUUGGGGCAAGCUGUUUGGUUGUAUAGGAGCUAUGUUCUUUGUCCUGUCUGAUCUUACAAUAGCAGUGGAUAAGUUUUGUUUUGAUGUACCAUGUGCACACCAGAUAAUCAUGCUGACAUAUUAUGCUGCUCAGGUGUUGAUUGCAUUGUCUGUUGUUGAUAGUCAGGUUGAUGAACUCUUGAACUCGAAUUUGAAGAAAACUGAUGGUCCGAUUGAUAAACUCUUCAAGAAAACUGCCAAUUAUCUGUCACAAACUCUACACCUGGAGUGAUUGAGCCAUCUUUAGUUUUGAACUCUUGAUGGCCUGAGUUAAGAUUUUUAAAAGUUAAUUCCAAGUGAAGAACACAAAUCUUUGAAUUAAGUGUACAAUGCUUCAUUCAUAUAUAUACCUAACCAGAAAGAUGAGAUAUCUGAAUAGACAUGAUAGAGACACACUGGUAAAAAAAUGUAAACACGGAAAUACUCAGAACCAUCUUGUUGUAAGUGGUUGUAUUAUAUACCUUGUUGUGUAAACCAAUUAUACUGCCGCUAGUUUGUCAAAUACAGGUACAUGUAUGAUACGUAUAAAUUGUUAUUGCCAAAAAUUUUGAUCACGUUAUAAUUGUCUUUCAUUUGUUAUAUUUUACCAUGGUUACAGUUAUUGUUCAUUUUAUAGAAAUCAAAAGUUGGGACUGAAACAAAAUUUACCAAGAAAAGAAAAUAAGGUCAUCAGUACGAGUUAUAUCAAAAGUGUAAUGUAUAUCUAUUUCAUUAUACAUGAAAUGUUUUCUUUUUCCUUGUGAAUUUUUAGAGAAUAAUAUGGUGUGCACUCAUUCAAAUGUUUUGGCACAGAAAGUUUUAUUUUAUCAUCCGCUUUAAUGCCCCUCUGACUGUGAACAACAAAAUAUCUUCUUUCAGCAAAACUGCUGUUAUAUAUAAUAUGAAUUCUAUUGGAUUUACACAUUGUAACAGUCUAAGCACAGAUUUAUAAAGUCAAUUUUAAAUUCUAUUGGUUUGACAUUUUAUGAUGUAUGAAAUUAAUUUAAAAUAAAUUGAAAUGUCAUUAAACAAAUUUGGCAAAACUCUUUCUUGAAAUGUAUACGUACUCAAGGCAUUCACAUUUCUGAUUCAAAAAGAAAUAGUCCCCCUUUUUUUACCUCAUCAAUAUUUAGUCACAAAAAGGUACCUUCAGAAUUAUUUUUUUGAAUAACUAAUGGAAGAAUUCAAUUAUAACAUCAAUAUUCAUGUUAGUAGUGCAUGAGUUAAUUAAUUAUCAGUGUUGUUUGGUCACGAUUUGAAUUUUUUGUUUGAUAUUUGAUUUCUUUGAUUAGUUAUUCUUAUUAUUACAUUGACCAUGGGCUUAUAGAGGAAAUAAAGUAUAAAAUACGGGAAACUAUAUCUUUUUCUACACAUUCCCUGUUCCUUUUGAUGCAACAGCAUUAACAAUUUUACAAUGCCCAUUUUUGUAUGACGUCAAGAGGAGUGAAAUUAUAAGAUUCAUUUCACAUGCGAUUUAUCAGUUUUUAUUGAUCUGGCAAAUUGCGGUAUUUCUUUGCAAUCAAUGUAAUGAUAUAAAAUAAUUUUGUUGCAAAUCCUUUUCCACAUUCUAGUCUUCAGCUCAUACACUUCAGAUUUUGAAGAAAUCAAGCCUAUGUUAAUGAUUAUAUAACUGUAGUGUAGUGUUAGACUGUAGACUUUUCAGAAUCUUUAUUCUGAAUUUAUUACUUUGUUGCUACCAUGACGUUAUAUUGAUUUAUGUCAUAGUCCUGAUACAUGUAGUGCUGUAAUGAAUGAUUUUGUUUGUGUUAACAUUGUCUCAUUAUUACAUUGUAUAAUAACAUGUAUAUAUUCACACUAAUUGUUUUAUUGCUGAAGACAUAUUUUAUGUAUUUUUCUUCUUUUUUUUUCUUUUUCUUUUUGAUCAUGUUUGUGUAUUGCAGUGUUAAGAAACAAAGAUCUGUGUUA